CCAAUCAGAAGCUCGGUGCGGGAAGUUUGAAUUUUGCCGAGGCUCGGAUAGGAAGGUGUUCCUGCUUCAGGGAAGACAGAGUCGUGCAGGCCGAGUGGGUCCCUUUUCCUUUGGCGGAGGCUUCACACGAGAAGGGCCCUCAGGAUGUCUUCAUCACAUUUUGCCGUUCGACACAGAAAAGAUUUAAGCACUGAAAUGAUUAGAACUAAAAUUGCUCAUAGGAAAUCACUGUCUCAGAAAGAAAACAGACAUAAGGAAUACGAACGAAAUCGACAUUUUGGUUUGAAAGAUGUCAACAUUCCAAACUGGGAAGGUAGAAUUCUCGUUGAAUUAGAUGAGUCGUCUCAAGAGCUUGUUCCAGAAAAGGCCAGUGCCAAGCCAAGGUCAGUGAAAACUGUCCUAGGAGAUCAACGAAAACAAAUGCUCCAGAAAUACAAGGAAGAAAAACAGCUUCAAAAAUUGAAAGAGCAGAGAGAGAAAGCUAAACGAGGAGUAUUUAAAGUGGGUCUUUAUAGACCUGAUAAGCCUGGUUUUCUUUCAUCAAACCAGAAUGUUAUGAAAGCUGAGUCGAAAAAGGCUAUUCCAUCUUCUAUGCGGAUUACGAGGUCAAAGGCAAAAGACCAAAUAGAGCAGACUAAGAUUAAUAAUGGGAAUAUUGUUCAAGCAAUCCGACCCGGUCAAAAGCAAACUUCUGAAAAGAAAAUGUUGGACAAAGAGAGAAAAGUUGUGCAACCUGCAGUGCCGACAUCAGUGAGAAUGACUAGAUCGGCUACUCAAGCAGCAAAGCAGGUUGCCAGAACUGUCUCUUCUACCACAAGAAAGCCAGGUGCGAGAGCUGCUAAUGAUAAUGAACCAGAAAGAAAGGCACCAAGUAAAGGAAGACCUGCAAAAAAUACAGAACCACAUCCUGACAAGGUCGUUUAUUUUGAAGUUGAUAAUGAAGAAAACAUACUGGAUUCACAAACUAGUACAGCAGAUGGAAUGGAUCCAGAUGGAGUCUUGUCAAAAAUGGAAAACUUACCUAAGACGAAUCUUGCAAAAACGAAAGGGAAAAUUUCCUUUGCACCUAAAGAUUUUAUGUUUCAGCCACUGGAUGGCUUAAAGACCUAUCAAGUAACACCUAUGACUCCCAGAAGUGCCAAUGCUUUCUUAACACCCAGCUGUACUUGGACUCCUUUAGAAACACAAGUUGAUAAAACUCAAGCAACAAAAGAAAUUUUGGAACAAAAACAUAGAAUAUACUCAACUAAGACUGUACAGCAAGAUUCAAAUAAAUUCCAGUGUCCUUUGGGUUCUGUAACAGUUUGGAAUGAAGAACAUGCCUCAAAUCAAAAUGAAGCUACUACUAAAAAUUCAAACAACCUUCCAAUAAAAGAAGUCCCAUCACUUGAAGUAAAUGAAGGUUACACGUCUCAGCCCCAGCAUGAUGUGCCAUAUUUCAGAAAUGUACUCCAAUCAGAAACUGAGAGAUUAACAUCACACUGCCUUGAGUGGGACAGAAAGCUUGAAUUGGAAAUUCCAGAAGAUGCUAAAGAUCUUAUUCGCACAGCAGUUGGUCAAACAAGACUCCUUAUGAAGGAAAGGUUCAAACAGUUUGAAGGAUUGGUAAAUGAUUGUGAAUUUAAACAAGGUGAAAAGGAGACAACCUGUACAGAUUUGGAUGGAUUUUGGGAUAUGGUUAGUUUUCAGAUAGAAGAUGUAAACCAAAAAUUCAAUAAUCUGACCAAACUUGAAGAAUCUGGGUGGCAAAGCACUAACAAUAAUGCCAGCAAAAAUGUCUCUCGGAAAAAAAUUGUCUCAAGACUAACUACUAAACCAAAACAGGAUGAUAGUGGAAAAAUUGCAGCCAGGAAUCGCCUAGCUGCCAUAAAAAAUGCAAUGAGAGAGCGACUUAAGCAAGAAGAACUUGGUGAGGCAGCAGCUUCAGGAAUACCAAAGAAAGUUGAUACAAUUGUGUUUGAUGCUGGAUUUUUCAGAAUUGAGAGCCCUGUUAAAUCAUUCUCAGGACUUUCUGUCUCUUCAGAACGUCUUUCUCAAAGUCUGAGAACACCUAAGUCUGUCUGCAAAGCUGGGUCUCAGAGCAGGGCUGCGAUGGGCCUUCUGACACAAGCUGCCUCACCGGAGAACGCAGAUCCUCAGGGUGCCAGCAGGGAGCGUACUGAUGAGAAGACUGUAUGUUCCAGUAUUCCUGAAAGCAGAAACAAAAUAGUAGAAAAUUCUCAGUGUCCUGGAUUACAAGAUUUGAUUGAAGUAAACCAUGAUGUAAACAAGAUAAAUUUUGAGGUGGAUUGUUUGUCCAGAAUAAGUUUGUCUCUUCAUGUUGGUGAAAGAGCAGAUGAUAUUAAUACUAAGAACAAAGAAGAAAUUUCAGAUGUGGAAAGAAUGGAACUAAAUUCUUCAAUUAUAUCACAGGACAUUUUGAUGACUAGCCCUGAAAAAAAUAUGCCAUCAGUAAAUAACGUUUCACAAGAAGAAGAAACUAAAGUUUCUCACUCAGUACUAUAUGAUAAUAAAAGUCUAACUACUGAAUGCUACCUUCUUGAUUCACCAGGCCUGGACUGCUGUAAUCCAUCCACUCGGGUGGAGAGGAGACCUCUAGACCAUGGCAGACACGUUUCCUUUGGUGGUAACCUGAUUACCUUUUCACCGCUGAGGCCCCUCAGUGCCGAGCAACCAGAAGAAUUUUGAAUUUGAAAGUAAAUCUGAACAUUUUCCUUCAUGCUGUUAGUGCUGUGAUAUAUUCUUAGACAUCGGAACUUUGGAGAAUGUGUGUUUGUGUUCAGUUCUAUUUGAUUCACUUAUAUAGUAGCAUACAAUGGGUUAGUAGUCUGUGUUCCUCAAAUUGUGUUUUAGAUAUGUUUCUUAUGGGGCAUGGGAUAUUUUGUACAUUAACCAUGCAGAAUAAAAAGUGUUGUGCAUUGCCUCUUGUUCAAAAUGUAUAGCUUAAAGUGUACUUACUGAGAGUCUAUAAACAUUCCUUAGUUCAACUGAAAUACACUAUUAAAUUUUGACAGAAAUAUUUGUAUUUGU